GCAAUCUACGACUGAUAUGUCCAGCUCAAAUGCCUCAACAAUCACUACCCAGGCAGAGACAUCGAGUAUUUCCGUCAUCGGCGUCACCACGGUAUCGCGAUCGAGCCGUCAUGCUAGUAUGACUGUAAUUACUCCGUCUGCCACGAUCACCAGUAAUGGGGAGACAAGUUCGUCCCUGGAGACGAUUACCACGACUAUUAUCACAUUGCGGUCUGGUUCUCCUACGACAGUUACCUCUGUGCUCGUUGGACCGAGUGGAAGUCUAAAUAAUGGCACAUCGGGGAAACGAAGACUUCUCCCGAGCGGAGCAAUUGCAGCCAUCGCGAUCCUUUCGUCCUUGGCCGUUAUUGCCGCAGCACUCUGGCUUUUCUUCGCAUAUCGCCGGCGCCAGCGACGUGACUUGCACCACAGCAUACAUUAUUCAGUCAAUGGCAGAGGGGCGACUGGUCGCUCUAGUAUGGGCGGGUCCUCGGGGAUGCGCUCGCUUACGGCCAGUGUUGGACUGGGAGCAGGUGCUGCAUACGGAUAUGGCACGCGAGGCAGGAGUAAUAGCUCUGUAUUUCCGAUGAGAACGUCACCGCUUGAGGGAGAGGAUGCAGACUUAGAUGCUCCACAUAGUGCAAGUGCACAUUCAGGUGCCAGCCAUGGUCCAAACAGUCUCGAAGGUGGACUAAUGAGAGAAACGAGCGUCCGACUUGGAAUCCCGAUAAUACCUGGUUGGACAACGGAGGCUUCGCGUAAUAGUGUUUCUGACGCUCCGGUGGAAAGGAUGAGAGGUGGAGAUGCCAGCACAGAGGUCACAGGAAUUACUCCUAUACCUGAAUGGCGGAAUAGUAGAGAACGUCUACAUAGUCUUCUCGAGGCAUCUGGUCUUGGAUCCGCAUCAUCGACCUUCGGUGCACCAAGACAACAGCGACCAUCGCUUUCAAUUAGCCCAGGUACCUUCACUAGUCCUGCUCGUACAUUAUUCCCUGUUGGGCCAGCCUCUCCUACGCAGAGAGAACACUCCAGCAGCUCGAAUUCACGCACGGACGGAACGCGGCCAUUCGCACGGAAUCUAUCGCUCGAUGGUAUGGAUAAUACUCCAGGCCUGCUAACAGAGGAUCGACGUGCAGCCAUCAUGCGCAAUAGUUCUGCUACUGCAUAUCAACGCAGAAGCUUGCCGCCGAGUGCAUGGCUGGUGAUGGAUAGCGACAAGUCAAAGGAGAAAGAGGCACAUCCGUCCUCUCCCUCGCCUGUAAAUGACCCUGCUACGGGAACGUUUGGUCGAAUGCGCUCAAACUCUUCCAUGGAGUUCUCGUCCAGUGGACAUGGACAUGGAUAUGGUAAUCCCGCAAUUACAUCGUCUCAGGGUCACGGCAGUGCCACGGCCUCCGGAGAAAAUGAAGCUGGAACAAGUACGGGUUCAGGCAGUAGUGCAAGCCACCAAGGCAGCAUUGCGAGCCGUGUACGAACGAAGAGAAGGAGCAAUAGCGCGGACGGAGGAUUCUUUGCGCGUGCGGCAUCACUCACACCAACGAGCUUGCGCACACGGUUUCGACGAGCGUCAGCAUCUAGUGCGAUGCUAUUAGAUGGAGGUUUGGAGCGAAGAGCUCGUCCACCCUCUCCUGUUUCACGCCUAGUGACUAGCAGACCACUCACUCCAGCUCCAGCUGUUGGCACUAUUCUCCAACCUUCGUCUCCCGACACUGCCCGGCCACCGUCUCGUGUACAAUCAAUGAUCGUCCGCUUACAGCCGCCUGGUACGCUCACAAUGCCACCCGCAGCACCGUCAGCGAUGAUGCGUGCGUCAGGACCUGGUACAGGUCUGCCUGCGAUUCUUGCGACACCGUCUCCUCUACCGACACCUGAUGGCGCGCUAACUGGACUGCUCGAUCCACGACUUGCGGCCCGAUUGAGAGAAAUUCGUCGCGACCAGUUAAGUUCAAGCACGGUUGGCCUACGUGAUCACGAGGAUUAUUCGAGACCGAUUCGUGCACUGGUACAUAAUCGUGAUAGCGCAUCAAGCGCCAGUUCAGACUACUCACAACCAUCGGGAUUAGAGACGUCGGAUGAACGCACGCCCACUCAGGCUGAAAUGCGGAUAUAGAUAUUUUUACUAAAUCUUUCUUUUCGCUUGGAUACACGACCCUUUAUGCGGCAUGACGGAAGGACAUUUAUUAACCCUAAGUACACACACAGCAUGCAUUUAGAACUCGCAUUAUUUAGUCCUCAUAUACAAAUUGAUCUUUGUCAGAGUACUUGACCCUUAACCAGCUAGUUUUCCUUCGUUGUAUAUACCCUUUCGUUCUUUGUGCCCGGUGUGCACGCACUGGUGUUUUCGGCGUAUUUUUCUAACAACUGCCUCUUCAUUUAUAUAUAAUCUUUCCUGUCAUGUACUAU